UUGAAAAAAAGAAAAUUGUGUUUUUCAAAGCAACCAUAUCCAAAAUUUCAAAUUUUUCCAAAAAAAAAGAAAAAUUAUUAAUCAAAAUUGAAACAGUCAAAAAAUCUAACCAAUUAAAAUGGAUUUUAAAUGGAAAUUUUUAAUUAUUUCAUUAAUUGUAACAGCAUUAAUACAACGAGUACACUGUCUAAAAGUAAUAGAUGCAAUAGAUGUAAUAGAUUUAUCUACGGAUUCUUCAUUAACAGAGGAUGACAAUAUUUUAGUUGAGAAUAGAAAAGAAAAAAAUAAUAAAUUAGAACCAAAAACAUUAGAUGAAUCAUCAAAUCAUUCUACCACAACAGAAAAAAGUACUGAAGCUUCAAAAACAGCUAUGGAUAUUAUAACAAUUGUAUGGUAUACAUCAACAUUUUUAGCAUUAGCUGCAUUUUUCUUUUUAAUGGCUUGUUCUGAUCGACGAUGUGGUAGACAUCAUGAUCAAAAUUCAUUAUAUAAUCGCAAUCGUCAUAAUUCAACACAAUGUCCACCAUCUCCGGCACCAUCAUAUAGAGAAUUUGCACCGCCAAGUUAUGAAAGUGUUAUAAAAAAAGCCAUCUAUGUUAUACCAAUAGAAAAUAAUAUUAAAUUAGUAUCAGAGAAAGAAAUUUAUAGUAUUGAAGGUGAAACGGUAAUAUCAUCGCAAUUGCAACAACAACAACAACAAUCAUUACCACAACAAUCCCAACAACACCAACAACAACCUCAACAACAACAAAAUGUGUCAUCCCAUACCAAAUUAGAGAUAGUUAACGAAUAUUCUAAUAAUGAACAGUCCAAAGCUGGUUAAAUUUAUGCUUACUUUCUAGUUAUAGUGUGUUCUUCAUAAAAAUAAUUUCAAAUUUUUUUUUUAUUUAAUUUUUAAUUUAUAUUUUUUUUAAAUUAAAAUUUAAAAAUAAAAAAAAAUACCGUUAUAUAAAAGAAAUUAUGAAAAAUGUUUUGAUACAAAAAAAAAAAAUAUUGAAAAAAAGGCUGUGAUAUUUGAAUUGUUAUUUAAGUAUAUAAAAAAAAGAAAAUAGGAAAUAAAAUAUUUUGUUGAAUUUUUAUAUAAAUACAUAAAAUAAAUGUUAUUAAUGUCAUACAUAUGUAUAUAUAUACCAGUGUAUAUAUAAUAUUAAUAAUGUAUUGUAAAUUGUAAAAUUGUAAAAAUGAAUUUAAACCGCAAUAUAGUAAAAAUUAUGAAUUAUUUCAAAGAGUACU